GUACCAUAUCGUAACUAAUUAUUGUUCGCUUCAUUUCACAGGAUCACUAACACUACGAAAACAAAUCGUGCGGGUUGUAACAGACUCUGACGGUUGCCAACUGACUACAGAUCUUGCCCUCAAAGCCUUUCAGGAUCAUAUGUUGAUGCUGCUUGGACCGAAUGAGUCCUGGACUCCACCCUCGCAAUCCUCCCUCGAAGCGUCCAGCGAAAAACAUACGAUAAACGCGAUUGAUCAGCAGCAGUCCUGGAAACAAAUCUCUGAUAAUAACAGCACCAAUAUGGACCAUGAACUGCAAGGUCAUCUGAUACAUCAACCUGUUGGAAAUCUGCCAAAAAUCGUUGCGGUUGUGUCAGCUGCCUCUCAACAACCAUUAGCAGCGUGCCAGUCCAGCAUGAAUUCUCCACUUGUUCUGCAAUCCCUUCAAAGCACUCCAGAGUUCAUUACUCUUAUGUCAAAUGUGGACCAACAAUCUGCUUCGGAAAUACCUUCGUUUGAAGUAUCAACGGCCAAUAACAGUGAUGAUUGCUAUGGAGAGCAGGAGAUGAUCGUUGAGUCAGUACAAGCCGAGGAGACGAAGGUUGUGAUUUUACAAGGGCAAAUUGAAGAGGAUGAUAAUGACGACGAAAUUUCUGUUACAAACUCUGAAAAUGUAUCCCCGAAUAAGUCAAUGAAAAGGUCUGCCAGCAACAAAAACGUGGAGUUGGUGAAAAGCAAAAGGCGGCAUGCAUCUACGGAAAUGAAAUUCCGGGCGUUUGAUGUGAACUGGUCCAAAAUUGGAGACCAUAUUCUUGAACGAUUGAACUGUUUGCAAGAAUACCGCAACAAAAAUCCAGGAAAACAUAUUCCUGUGAGUACCCGGCUUUCAAAAAACUGA